CUGAAGAUGGCUAAAGAGGAGACUGGUGUGCGAUGUUUCCAAGCCUUGCUCAUCAUGGGCAAUGUCAUUAUAGGGCUCUGUGGCCUUGCCCUGAUGGCAGAGUGCAUAUACUUUGUGUCAGAUCAACACUCAUUGUAUCCUCUGCUGGAAGCUACUGACAAUGACGACAUCUAUGGUGCUGCCUGGAUUGGGAUCUUCACUGGCUUUGGUUUCUUCUGUAUGUCUAUCCUUGGUAUUGUUGGAGUCUUGCAGUCAAGCAGAACAAAGCUGCUGGUGUAUAUCUGCUUGAUGCUGAUUAUCUUUGCCUUUGAAGUGGCCUCUAGCAUCACAGCAGCUGUGCACAGAGACUUUCUCACUCCCAAUCUCUUCUUGAAACAAAUGCUGGAAAAAUACCAAAAUCCCAGCCCAGUCAACAAUGAUGACAACUGGAAGAGCGAAGGUGUUACCGAGACAUGGAACCAUCUCAUGUUGCAGAGUAAGUGUUGUGGUGUGAAUGGGCCAUCAGACUGGCAGAACUACACGUCUGCCUUCAGGACUGUGAAUAAGGAUGCAGAUUUUCCCUGGCCGCACCAGUGCUGUGUCAUGGAUAUACUAGGAAAACCGAUCAACUUGGAUGGCUGCAAAUUAGGGGUGUCCGGCUAUUUUCACAACAUGGGCUGCUAUGAAUCCAUUGCUGGCCCAAUGAAUAGACACGCCUGGGGUGUUGCCUGGUUUGGCUUUGCUAUUCUCUGCUGGACUACUUGGGUCCUCCUUUGCACCAUGUUCUACUGGAGCAGAAUUGAAUAUUAAAAGAGCCGCUGUCUACCAACCCAUCCUUUUUGGAAUCUGCAAAUUAUUAUUUUUUAAUGUGAUG